CUUGGAGGAGGGCGAUUCAGGGUAAUGUAUCAGUCAGAUCUGGCACUUUUUUUUUGAAGACGUAGAUCUGGCACUUUUUGUUCUGCUUUUGAUGUUGGAAUAAUAGAGCCUAGAGGGUGUUUUGUGAUUGGUACGUAGCAUUUUUCGGUAUGAUUCCCCUAGCACAAAAUGGAUCUAACACUGUGUUCUAUUGGAUUGUGUUUGCAGUCUCGUUCUCGAUUGGAUGCGGGGUCUAUCUUAGGGGGAGGGGUUGAACGAGUGGGAUCGGUAGUAGCUUCCAUUCUCGGGGCUACAUGCAGACGGUGAAGAUUGGAUUUCUUCCGAUUCAAAAGACGCGUGUAGGGGAACUGAACCUGAGGGAGGAGGACGGCACCCUGAGGAGACAGUCGUGAAAGAGGAGAUUAACAACUCAUUCAACGGUGCAAGCAGGUGGUGGCCGAUUCGGACGAGACGUCCCCUGAAAAUAUAAUAGGUUCAGCAGCCAAAGAAGUUGGCGCAGAAGACAGUUGGCAGAAGGGGUGGGCUUCUCGAAAUCACCAGGCUCCUGCUGGACGAGAAGUUGGUUAACUUUGUGAUCUGUGCCGUGAUUUGAUAUCUCUGUAUAAAAUGGUAGCUCAUGAUGCAGUAGCGUCCAUUCAUUCCAAGCUUAGGGGCUAGUUAGGAGUUAGGACAUCUAUAGCAGUGCCUGCUUCCGUUUUCUGAUUCAACAUCAAACAAAAUGUGUGAUUCAACAAAAAGGGUGUCCAUGUUAAACUCUGGAGAAUUAGGAUUGAUAAGAGAUGAGAGGGAGAACAAUCCCAGCAUUGUGUUAAGCUUCAGUUCGUGCUUAUGCUGGAAAGAAGGCGGAUAAUGUUGUUAGUACGGCAGUGGGGACUAGCUUCGAUUUCGUAGAAGAAGGAUACGAGUUUUACAGCCUAUACUCUUGGGAGAUCGGCUUUGGUGUCUGGUACGCAAAGAGCCGACUCAAUGUCCAUCGGAUAAAGUGCAUGCAGGAGAUCAUGUGUGCUUGCGCGGGUAAACCGCUUCAGUCGAUACAUCGUGGCUGCACUGCUAUGAUGAUGCGGCUAUUGAGAUCAGAAUAUAAUGGAUGUUACGUGUGCAAACACAGGUCAGAUACUCUGCACCUACUGUGCCUGGAAACUGUAAAACUAGGGGAUAGUAAAUUGGAGGCAUACUCUCUGGCUAUGGAAAAAUUAAGAGAUGUCAAAGCUGCACUGGAGCGUGUUGUUGCCGUGUUCGAGGGUUUGGGAUUGUCGGACAGUGAGAUGGCAGCUGAUUCUGUAGGGUCUGGGAUAGGUCAUAAGAAGAAUUUUGUUAUGACAGACUCGGCACAUAGUGGUUCCCAUUGUCUCGACGGCUUUGCAGCUUGGUCCAGGAAACGGCCAGUGAGGGGACCUAUCACCGGCCGCGACGAAGCACCCUAUGAACAACCCCACUGAGAGGUCCAGGUUUUGUUCUAUCUACAGGUUUUACAUGUCCACAAAGGUGUGAUGCCAAAAGCACCUAGAAAGUCUCCUUGCUGCUCGAAAUGUCAUUUGAGAGGACACAAGAGGAAGACCUGCAGCAAUUCUCCCAAGAAUGAUGUGCCUGAAUGAUAAGAGAGGCUUAUUGAGAUGUUUACUGCCAUGAUGCUUUCAGCAGUCUCAGUCAAUUUGCGGUCGUUGAUCACUUGUAGCUCUGCCUAGAUUUGCAUCUGAUGAACAUGUAUAACUUCGGUGUCUAGUUCGACGUGUAAGUGCCUGAAAGAAAUUUGGUGUGUGUUGUCUGUGUAAACGAGAAUAAUGCGGUGGAGUUGUGACAGAAAGACAUAUGGCUGCUUGUAUUCUGCAUAAGGAAAAGCUGUUUUACU